AUGUGCGGUGAUUCUCCAUCAACGUCACCGGUUUCAAAAUUGGACACUGAAGUGAUCGUUGUUGGAAAUGGACCAGCCGGUUUAUCGUUAUCAGCGUUUCUUUCAGGCUGGUUACCUUUUUAUUCUCCGGAUGAUGGGCCUCAUCCUAAUGAUUUGAUCCAUGAGAAACUCACUGAACAUGGCGAGGAGUCAUUACUCGAUCAGGACUUUUCUUGGCUUGAUAAUAGCAUAAAUAUAAUGAAUAAUGGAGCAAGACCGCUUUCAUUGCUGUAUGACACCUUGGUGCGUCCUAAUGCUGACACUGGAACUCUUGGAAGAUCGAAACUUUGUUGGAUAUACGAUCAUAGCCGUGCUAUUCCACAUUUAGUAGUCGCUCAAACACCAAUUGGUGGAUCUUGGAAUAAUUAUGACGACGAUAUGGUAUCAGUCAGUGUAGGCAGUUUUCUGGAUCUUCCAGCUUUUCUUGUUGCCGAUUGGUGCGGUGGAAAUAAGUUUGAUAGUCGUCUUCCAGCAUCACUUUAUCGAAAAUAUCUGUCCGAUUAUGCAAGAAGAGUACAUAAAAAUAAAAAUAUUAUUUGUGGUUUGAAAGUGAUGCGCAUAGAGAAAUGUUCAAGUAGCUGUACGCAAGGAUUUUGGGAAGUUCGUGGCAUAAAAAAUGGUGAACCUGUGUUAUUAAGAUGUAAGAAGGUUGUAUUAGCUUGUGGCAAAAAUCGGGAUCGGUUACUUGGUGUGAAAGGAGAAUUGGAAGAAAAUCGUAUUGUUUACAAUCUUCGCGAUUUGAAACGACUGCUUUCUUCACCAACUACAGCUAUGUUUUCAAAAGGGAAAGUUAUUGUAGUUGGAGAUGGAGUUAGCGCUGCGGAUUCAGUGUUGCAUUGUCUCACUUCACGCAUUCCUGUGCUUCAUGUAAUUCGUCGGUCGGACAAGCAGCUGCGAUUUAUACAGUUAUCACGCCUUAGCCCAUCUCUGUAUCCAGAGUAUUCAAGAAUUUUCAAAUUAAUGAUGGGACAUUGCGAAGAUUAUUACUAUACCAAAAUUACGUGUGCUACUGUCGAAUCGUUGAAUAAAGGCACAGUUCGCAUCAAAAGUCUGCAAGGAAUUUUUACGGAAAAUUUCCGAGUUUUAUGCGUUUGUGCUGGUAAACAAUCAGAUCUGAGUAUGUUAACAGACAAAUAUACAUUUCAAGAUUAUUAUUGCAACGAAGAUCCAUCUCUCUUUCGUAUCGGCUCUCUUGCGGGCGACCACUUUGUUCGAUAUCUUGUUGGUGGUGCAAUGGAUGUUGCUCGAUAUCUCAUGUAA